CGGGGUUGGGGCCGGCUUGCACCACCGCAGGGUGGGGGCGCGGCAGCCGGGCAGCGGGGUCUGGAAUUCCUCAGCCAACGCGGGGUCCCUAAGCCCGGCCCCUCCGCCCCGCCCUCCAACCUGUGCCCGCGCGUUCGCCCUCCCGCCGCCACCUGGGCGCCUGCUCCGGGUCCUGGCUCUCCAAGCAGCUGAGACCGCCGGUCCCCGAGACGCGAGCCUAGGAUGCAGCAUCGAGGCGUCCUCCUCCUCGCCCUGCUCGCCCUGCUGGCGCUGCCCUCCACGGUGGCCAAAAAGAAAGACAAGGGCAAGAAGGUCAGCGCAGGCAGCGAGUGCGCCGAGUGGACCUGGGGCCCCUGCAUCCCCAGCAGCAAGGACUGCGGAGCGGGCUUCCGUGAGGGCACCUGCGGGGCGCAGACGCAGCGCAUCCGCUGCCGGGUUCCCUGCAACUGGAAGAAAGAGUUCGGAGCCGACUGCAAGUACAAGUUCGAUAACUGGGGGGCAUGCGAUGGGGGCAGCGGCACCAAAGCGCGCCAAGGCACCCUGAAGAAGGCGCGGUACAAUGCCCAGUGCCAGGAGACUAUCCGCGUGACCAAGUCCUGUGCGCCCAAGACCAAAGCCAAGGCCAAAGCCAAAAAAGGGAAGGGGAAGGACUGAUCCAGGCUGGUACAGCCAGGACCCACCCAGCAGUGCCUUUGCUACUCCAGCUUCAUCAAUCACACCCUCCACCACCCCCUCCCACCCCGGAGCCCAGAGUGGGUGGUGAAAGGGAUUCUGGAACAACCCCACCCCCACCCAGGGUUUUCCAUUCCCAGUCCCCCUUUGUACCCACCAUGCUCCUUGUUACUAAGAAAUGAAUAAAAUGAAUCAACUUCUUUCCCAAUAAAA